CACUCAGUUCAGGUAAAGCGCGGGGAGAGUUGCAAUCAAAUCAAUACAGAGCUCGGGAGCAGCAGCGGCAGCUGUACACAAAAGUAGCUUCAUUGCGACCAACUCCGACCUCUCAGCCUCUGGCAACACACAGCAUGGCUGCAGUAGGUGCCCUGCUGUUUGAGUGAGAGGACGUGAGCGUAUCAGCAUGCACGUUAUGGUGGACUUUCUUCUCUGACAAGACGUGUUCUCUUCGGUGAUGAGUGGUCUUCCUCACAACAAUGUGACAACCUGUUGGAGUAGUCUUACCUUCAAGAAGGUCGCUAUACUACUCUAUUGGAGUCUCGGAGGAUUUUAUGGCUGUGCCAUGUUGCGCGCCGCACAGCGAGCUUUUCUGCGACGCUGGCGAGAUGGCGCGCUGUUCCAGCUCAGACCACCUGCGCGCACCCUGAAGGUCUUCAUGGCAUACCUCACCAGACUGGGUCCCAUCUCCACCCUGGUCAUCAUACUGCUCCUCAUACACUUCACUUAUCAGUUGCUGCCGGCCAGUGUAUUUUCAACGUUUCUGCUCGUAUUCUUCAUAGUCGAGCUUUUCGGUAACUGGCUUCUGUUCUUGCGGACCAAAAGCUUCAUCGAGAAAUGCACCGGCAACAGCGAGAUCAGCCCAGGACUCUCACACAGCGAGUGCCGUCAUUUACGCUAUUGUCCGAGCUGCAAGAUUUACAAGCCAGAGCGCUCGCAUCACUGCUCGUUAUGUGACCGCUGCAUUCACCAGCGAGACCACCAUUGCUUCUUCCUAGGCACCUGCGUGGGAGGCUAUAAUCUCUGUUAUUUUGUCAUCUUCUGCUUCUACGCCUGCAUUGGAUGCUUCUAUUCGGCAAAUAAGCUACACAAGUACUACUCGCAGACGUACCUCAGGGAUUUCUGGUCUGCACAAUUCCAUUAUUAUUUCUACCCUGUGACGCUCAUCCACUGGUUCUAUGGCCAGGCGGCUCUGGCCGAGGUCGGUUGGGUGACGCUGCUUUAUAUCGCCGUCGCCACAGUGCUCUUCACUGGAUUCUGUGUGACGCAGCAGCUCUUUUACGUCUUCAGGGGACAAACUGCCUACGAGUACAAUAAAGGCCUCCUGAUGGUGCACAGGUCGGCGGCUCACAAUUUCCUGCAUGUGUUCGGGCGGUAUUGGAUGCUUCAGCUGCUGGUGCCGCUGCCGCGCUGUUACAGAGACAUCACGAAUACGACCAUUCUGAAGAUUGUGUGAGACGUGACCGCAGGGCUGCAAGUAUGAACCCUUUAUUUGGGAAAUAAGUGUCCUGAUAUGUAAUCACAACUCGCUCUCAUACAGCAACAUUCACAAAUGUCAUCGUAAUAUUAUAAAGUACUUACAAUUAGGCCCUAACGAAUAGUUAGAGAGAGGAUGGAGUGAGUUAGACGCCUGCAAGGCUGCAAGUUAAGGAGCAAUAUUUCAGUUACUCUUUUUACCUUGGGUAUGACUUAAAUACCUCAAUGAUCAUGGAAUCAAAUUUUGCAUGCAGUCAUAUUUUAUUCGUUCUUGAUGCGGCAGACAUGAUUUUUUUCUAAGCGCUGAUUGUUCUUGAAUACCGAUUAAGUAUGAAUUUAUUCAUAAAAAAUGCAACAGAUGGCUUGUCAUCAUCUAUACUAGAUUUUAUAAACAUGGCCGCCGAGCUAGGGGGUGUUGAAAGCUUAGUAUACUUAUAACCAAUUUAUUUUGCGUGCGAUCGGAAGAAUGGAAACUGUGCUACCCAUACAUUCUGUACGAGGCGUUGUUUAAAAAUGCUACCAGUUCCCAAUCAGCGCUGUGUUAAUCUGCCAGUAUAUAAUAAUUUGCCAUAAUAUUGCCGAGGCAAUGCACUAAAUUUAUAUGUAGUCACAGACAAUUUUUGAUACAACAUACCAAUGAGUUUGCGCAUUAGCUAAUUUUUUCCAUUCGAGAUAGCACCAUUUUCAACUGGAGCCAGAUGCUUCAUGCACAUUUGUAAUCUCGUGAAACGGUAAAAGUAUAAGGAUACAUCUCGAGUUGUCAUGACAUUAAUUAAGAAAACCUGUUUCCACUGAAGUCGUGAAUUGAGUACCUGAGGAGCCCAACUUCGAAAGCAAAGUAUUUUGUAACUUGCACUUGCGAUUACCAAAUUAACUUGUCGUUCAUAUCAAGUUUGACUAAUUGUGAUGUGGCCAACGUGUAGGUUACGAGGCUUAUCACCAUUUAUAAAAUGUAUACUACUGUACGUAGCCAUGUAAGUAGCUUGUUAGAACGCUUCCGACGCUUCUGUGAUGUUCUAUAGUUCCCUAUCCCUUGCAGUAGGUAAUAACAAAAUUGCACCGAUGCCCUUCAUCCUCACAUGCUUUUCUACUAAUCAUGCACGCAGCAGGCUGAAGCACCGUCGAUUAUUAAGAUGUAUUCGUAAUUGUGUCACUGGCAACUGUUCAGAUAAUUAGUUAGUUUUGACCGUCUGCGCGAAUAGUGAAGAAACUCCCCUACAUUCUUAUCGAAUAACUAUGCUUUGCUCAAUGUACGUAGCCUUAGUAACCAAAUUUCGAAUCCCAGUCUACUCUUCGCUUCAAUUAAAGUAGGCGCAAUUCAGUUGUUCAUCUGCAAGGGCAUUAUUACACCUAGGAACUAAUAUUCUUACAUCGAGGAAUCAAUAAAAACCAGUAAGUAACAUUAUUGACGUGCAGGUUGUUUCAGUAAAGGGAUGAAAUUACAAUGGGAUGAUUAUGAUUCACAGAUCUAAAGUGUUCCCACUUACAUCCAUGUGAGCGAAAAAGUAAAGCUACUCGAUAUAAAUGGCUCACAACAAGCAUCGACGUCGUAAUUGCUAAUUUUGUAACCAACUAAAUGUUGGUUAACAAAUGUUCACUAUUUUGAAUGUAAUUUUAUGCCAAAUUAACGUUAGUAAUCCCUGAACAAAGCACAGCGGCUGUCACUAUUCGACUUGCCCAUAAUGUAAAAAAUUUCGCCACACGCUUGUUGCUAUCCUAUUUUUUAUAUGCACAUGAUAAUAAAGCCUUAAUGAUA